AGUCUCACAAGCGCAAUCGUUGUCGACAGACGAAAAGCGAUAUAGUAACGGAGCUUGUUGACUAGUAAAACUCGGGUUUAAAACAUGUCUUCUGAAAAAUCGGUUUAUCAUCCGCACCCUUCGGUGGCUAAAAAUGCUUUCGUUUCAAACUUUUCUCAAUACAAAGACAUGUACCAAUUGUCCAUUGACAAACCAGAGGAUUUUUGGGGCGAAAUCGCGAAACAAUUUCACUGGGAAACACCGAUAGACAACGACAAUUUUUUUAGAUAUAAUUUUGAUGUUACCAAAGGACCUAUUUUUACAAAAUGGAUGGAUGGUGCCUCCACAAAUAUAUCCUAUAAUUUAUUGGAUAGAAACAUUAGAAAUGGACAUGGUGAAAAGAUCGCAUAUUAUUGGGAAGGAAACCAUCCUGACGAUUACAGCAGAUUAACCUACAAGAAAUUAUUGGAAGAAGUAUGUAGAUUCGCAAAUGUACUUAAAAGUAAAGGAAUUCAGAAAGGGGAUAGAGUAGCUGUGUAUAUGCCCAUGAUAUUAGAAGCCGUAGUUACCAUGUUAGCUUGUACUAGGAUAGGUGCUGUCCAUUCUUUAGUGUUUGCGGGAUUUUCCGCCGACUCUUUUGCCGAAAGAAUAUUAGACUGCGAAGCCAAAGUUUUGGUUACAUCAGAUGGAGCAUGGAGAGGUGAGAAACUUCUUCAGCUUAAAGCUAUCUGCGAUCAGGCUAUGGCUAAAUGUGCACAAAAAGGGCACAACGUUGAAACUUGUAUAGUAGUAUCACAUUUAGGAAGAGUUACGUCACCAACAGGCAUGCAGUAUAGCAGCAAUAAGACACCGAUGACACCUGGGCGAGAUAUCUUCUGGCACGACAUUGUACCCCAAGCCUCUACCAGUUGUUAUCCGGAGUGGAUGGAUUCAGAGGAUCCUCUGUUUAUGUUGUACACAAGCGGCUCAACAGGAAAACCAAAAGGUGUACUCCAUACAACAGGCGGUUACAUGAUAUAUGCGGCUACAACAUUUAAAUACGUUUUUGAUUAUAAACCCAAUGACAUCUAUUGGUGCACUGCUGACAUUGGUUGGAUAACAGGUCACACUUAUGUUGUUUAUGGUCCUUUAGCUAAUGCAGCUACGUCAGUAUUAUAUGAGGGUACACCCUUUUACCCAGACAACGACAGAUUUUGGGUGGUAGUCGAUAAAUACAAAGUUACCCAAUUCUACACAGCUCCAACUGCAAUCAGAGCUUUAAUGAAAUUCGACGAUGAAUUAGUUACUAAACAUGAUCUCUCAUCUUUACGAGUAUUAGGAUCUGUAGGAGAGCCUAUAAAUCCUGAAGCAUGGCUGUGGUACCACAAACUAGUAGGAAGAGGAAAGUGUUCAAUAGUGGAUACUUUUUGGCAAACAGAGACUGGUGGGCAUGUACUUACCCCAUUACCAGGAGCAAUUCCAAUGAAACCAGGAUCAGCCGCUGUGCCAUUUUUCGGCGUACAACCCGUCCUUCUCGAUGAAGCGGGGAAAGAGAUAAAGGGCGAAGGUGAAGGUUACUUGGUGUUUUCACGUCCGUGGCCUAGUUUAAUGAGAACUCUCUUCAAUAACCACGAUCGAUAUGAGACUACCUAUUUCACGAAAUUCCCAGGAUAUUAUUGUACUGGAGACGGUGCCAGACGGGAUGCAGAUGGUUACUUAUGGGUAACUGGUCGUGUAGACGAUAUGUUAAAUGUUUCUGGUCAUCUUAUGUCUACUGCAGAGGUAGAAUCUAUUUUGACCGAACAUCCGUCAGUAGCAGAAGCAGCAGUAGUUGCAAAACCUCACCCUGUGAAAGGCGAGUGUUUGUACUGUUUUGUAACUCUUACAGAGCAUGGAGUAUUUAACGACAAACUGACUAAAGAUCUAAAGCAAAUAGUUAGGGCGAAGAUAGGUCCGUUUGCACAACCAGAUAUCAUUCAGAACGCACCUGCUUUACCAAAAACUAGAUCUGGAAAGAUUAUGAGGAGAAUCCUAAGGAAAAUAGCUGUAAACGACAAAGAUGUUGGUGAUAUUAGUACUUUAGCUGAUAGUUCUGUGGUGGAAGCCUUAUUCGCUUCAAGGCCGCAAGAAGCUUAAUUUUAUAUUAAUCAUAGGUACCUACUUUGCAUUAAAUAAAUAAGUGUAUAUAAUCUAGUCCCUUAUAAAAGUUUGUAAUCAAUAUGUCUUGGACUAUUCUCAUGUAAAUAUACAAACUAACUACUAGAGAUCGGCAAAACUGGGUUUUAAUUGUAUUUGUUAACGUAAGUUUAUGCAUAUUCAUGGUAAACUAGUUUUGUCUUUAAUUAACAGGGAAAAUUUAAAAAAGCGAGAGAUAAAACUACCUGGACUGAGUAUAAUAAAAAUAAUGCUGAAAUUCUCUUAGUGGAACAGGAACUGAAAUUCGUAAUCAACAUCAACCAAUAAGUCAUUAAAAAUGUAUGUAGUUAACUAAAUAAAUAGCAGAUAGAGAUGCAAUGUUAAAACUCAAAAUUAUACAUACAGUUGUGAAUUCGGAAUGGACACAUUUCGCAACAGAUCAUAUAUUGUUGGAUAUCAAAUUCUAGUUUCAUCUUAUUUUAAUCAAAAAUAAGAUGACGACAUUGAUGAAUAUUACUUGGCACUUUAAAAAUUUUGAUGUAAACACUGCUACAAAAAAUGAAUAGAAUAUUUGCCAUAGUCCUAAAAAGACAGAGAAUAAAGAGUAUACACUUCGACUGGUUGUUCGAGGAUAAAAAUAUAGAUAAUUUUUAGUUUAACAUAAUUUUAAAACUCAACAUGUUACAGAUAAUUAAGACAAAACAUAUUAAUAUUGAAAAUCGAAUAUGGAGAAAUGAUUAGAGGGUCUCCAUUUUAAGAAAAGCAUCGAAUGCAGUUCGUUAUCAUAUUGUACACUCUCAUUUCCAGCCAUACUAUAUUAUAGGUAGUUCACUUAUUACUAAUAUGAAAAGUAGUGUUAGUUUUAAAUUAUAUGAGAAUAUAUAUUUUGUUUUGCAUUGCGUUCUUGUUACUUAUUAACAUUAUAUGGCCGAAAUUGGCUAAAAGUAUUGGCUUGUGGAACAAAAUAUCGUCCAUUUACGAAAAUAAUUAGAAUACAUUAAUAAACUUAAUACUGAUAAUCUUAUAAUUAUUAUAAUGAACCCAUUUGGCAGAAAAAUGUAUAGAAAUAAAAUUUUAAAAUACAAUUAGUAACAUAAUUUAAAAAGUAUUUUAAGAAUGCGGCUUGAUCUUUAUAACUAUAUUACACAAAUAAGCACAAACUGAUUCAGCCAAAAAUUAUAAAAUCAACAUCAUAAAUUUAAUAAUAAAUUUUAUUUAUGGUUAUCUGUUUAGACUUUUUUUGCUAAAAAUAUGUUUUAAAUAAUUUGUUAAAAAUAUGUUUAUUUUCAUAAAAAUAAUCUUUUAUUAUGAUUCACAUACCAAGAAGAACUUAAUGCCAUACUUAACUGGCUUACUAUACUAAAAUCACAAUCAAGAUACACUAGAAAUAAACUAG